CCCAGUCACACUGACUCGUGACCACUCAGACUCACGUCCAAGGAUCUGUGUAACUGACUUAAAAUGCACUGGAACCUUCAUUUACCUCAGUGGCAGUGGAUAAUUGAUGUUGUUUACAUGAAAUAUGAUAAGUUCAAUUGAUAUUUUUUUCUCUUUUUUUUUUUAAUUGGACAUCUCAGCAAUGCAUGUGUAAAAUGUUUAAUGUCUAUGUAGCAUGCUUGUAAUUUAUUUAAUGAAUAAAAUUGGUAUAUUUUAAAAUCGGACAUCAUUUGAUAAAGGGAGAAUCCACAGAUCUGUGUGCUAUAGUAUAUCUGGUUUCAAAUGGGUGUCUGUGAGGGAGAGGGCCUGUGGUGGUGUAGGGAGAACAGGCUGACAUCCCAACAGGCAAACAGAGAGGCUGUCUUCAGCAUCUGAGUCACAGAAUUAUGGAUUUUCCCUUUUAAAAAGCUAGCUGUAGAAUAAAAAUGCAAUUUUAAGUGACAUUUGGUGGCAAAUGUAACCACUUUUUUCCGUUUUCUUUUUAAACGCUGAUGUCAUAAAAUGGCAUAAGCAGAAAUGUACACUUUUGAGUUUCUUAUGACGAUGCUGAUGUAUCUUCUGGGGUAAGGACAUUCCCAGAAAUGGACUCGAAGCACUGUCCCAGGUCGCUGACUUGGGCUUCUCUUUGUGGGUGUGACUACCCAAGAGCAUGGUGAUCUGAUCAAGCGGUUGGAAGUCAGCAGGAUCAAGAUGGCUGGCGUGCGUUGUUUUUUUUGUUUUUUUUUUAUAAUUUUUUUUUUUUUCAGACAUAGUCUAAUCCUGGAGAAUCUCAUGAAGUCACUGGCCAGACCGGUGUUGCACUGUAUUGGCCCCGGGCCGCUGCAUGUGAGACAUCAUAAAGCAAUACUAUUCACUCCUCAAUACCAUGCAAAUGGGCUUUCAGGUAACUCUCACUUCAUUCACCUCCCCGUAGAUAUUUUACCGCUCUUUGUUUCGUGUAUUGUGUGUUUAAGGUGAGCCCAAUAAAUAAAUAAAUAAAGAUAACCUUCUUUUUCAUUGAAAAUCAUUCAUGUCUGCACUGGUGAAGGUCUCCUGUGUCUUUGGUGUCCAUUGUUAAGCGGUGGUGACGUUCUACUCAAUGUAAGCUAUUAACAAUGUUGGAAAAGAGUCAGUCUUUAAGAUCAAACGGCCAUAAUUGAGUGUCAACAAACACAGAUAAACCAUCUGAAAAUAUUUUCCAUUCAAUUCCGUUUGCCAUUCAACGGUCGCUGGAUACGCAAGAGUUAAUCCGGUACUCAGUCGUCUGUCAAUCACACCCGUGUGCUAUAGAGACGCAGUUUCCACAACAUCAGGCAGAGCAGCGCAGUCUGAAACUAGAAACGUAUCAGCAGCAACUGCCUAUAAGACACGAAACAAACCAUGAGGAAGCAGGUUACCUUCAUGGAGGAGAGUAGAAACAGAGACCUUAUCCAACAUGGAAACAGUAGGUACAUAGCAACAAGGUCGGCGGGGUCUCCACGCGCUCCCAGGGUGCAUUUGAACGUUGAUGAACACAAUGAUCAGAAUACCAGGACUCUCAAAACUUUGCAAUUUAAGCCCCUGCCACAACAAACUGCCGAAGACCAACACAUGAAAACCAUCCACAUUCCAAAGUCAAUGGUGAUGGCUCCUUUCUUAAAGCACCCCAGUCUGACUCCCGGACAGAAGCGCUACCUGUACAGCAUUGCUAGUGUGUACAGCACGGACCACAUGCGCAGGCAGAUGAGGCAGCACUACCUCAACAUCCUCCGGAGCUGCACCGCAACAGCGGCAGGUCACAGAUCAGGGGGCAAACGCGGAGGCACAGCAGUGAAAGCCCACGUCAAAGGCCUCCCCACUUCCUCUGACGGCAGCGGAAAGGGCCCCCCAUCUCUCACUAGGACCAACACCCACCAAGAGAAUAGCACAGCAAACUCUGGCAAACUAGUCCUGCCUCAAAUUACCAGACAUGACAGAAAUUCGUCACAUAUUUCUGCACCAAACGUUAAAGGUCACAGCAAAAUGAAGUCCAGUAAUAUUCGGAUGUCGCAGUGUGCAUCAUCCAAAGGAACAAAGAAAUGCACUCCUUACCAGCAUGAGGACCUGGAGGAAAAUAUGAGCUCCCUGUCACUGGAGGAGGAGAUGGCUAUUGUACUAAACUGAGUAACACCUGUCACUGGAGGAGAUGGCUAUUGUACUAAACUGAGUAACACCUGUCACUAUUGGAGGAGAUGGCUAUUGUAAUAAACUGAGUAACACCUGUCACUAUUGGAGGAGAUGGCUAUUGUACUAAACUGAGUAACACCUGUCACUAGAAGAGGAGAUGGCUAUUGUACUAAACUGAAUAACACCUGUCACUGGAGGAGGAGAUGUACUAAACUGAGUAACACCUGUCACUAUUGGAGGAGAUGGCUAUUGUACUAAACUGAGUAACACCUGUCACUAUUGGAGGAGAUGGCUAUUGUACUAAACUGAAUAACACCUGUCACUGGAGGAGGAGAUGUACUAAACUGAGUAACACCUGUCACUAUUGGAGGAGAUGGCUAUUGUACUAAACUGAAUAACACCUGUCACUGGAGGAGGAGAUGUACUAAACUGAAUAACACCUGUCACUGGAGGAGGAGAUGUACUAAACUGAGUAACACCUGUCACUAGAAGAGGAGAUGGCUAUUGUACCAAACUGUUUAUUGUUUGUUUAUGCGUUUAUUUGAACUGAGUAACACCUGUCACUAGAGGAGGAGAUGGCUAUUGUACUAAACUGAGUAACACCUGUCACUAGAGGAGGAGAUGGCUAUUGUACUAAACUGAAUAACACCUGUCACUAUUGGAGGAGAUGGCUAUUGUACUAAACUGAAUAACACCUGUCACUAUUGGAGGAGAUGGCUAUUGUACUAAACUGAAUAACACCUGUCACUGGAGGAGGAGAUGGCUAUUGUACUAAACUGUUUAUUGUUUGUUUAUGCGUUUAUCUGAACUGAGUAACAUCUGUCACUGGAGGAGGAGAUGGCUAUUGCACCAAACUGUUUAUUGUUUGUUUAUGCGUUUAUUUGAACUGAGUAACACCUGUCACUAGAGGAGGAGAUGGCUAUUGCACCAAACUGAGUAACACCUGUCACUAGAGGAGGAGAUGGCUAUUGUACUAAACUGAGUAACACCUGUCACUAUUGGAGGAGAUGUACUAAACUGAGUAACACCUGUCACUAUUGGAGGAGAUGGCUAUUGUACUAAACUGAGUAACACCUGUCACUAUUGGAGGAGAUGGCUAUUGUACUAAACUGAGUAACACCUGUCACUAUUGGAGGAGAUGGCUAUUG